AUGGCACGUUUACAUCGUGUCGGCAGGGCCACUUCGAAUAUGCAACUUCGCAGUCAAAAGCGUGAUUUUACUUCAACUAUUGCAGUCAUGACUACCAGCAAUGAUUCAUCUCCUGAAUCACAAAAGAAGAAGACCGUAAAGCCAAAAAGGACGUCGUUUCGACCGAAGUUCAUCGUAGCACCAACGAGCUCGAAAUUCCCUAUACUAACAGCAUUGAAAAAACAACGAGUGGAUCCCGACUCGAUCGACCAUGACAAAAUCCUAUUGAAAUACCCAAAUUUAAUCCCAGCGCGACUUAUUCGUCGCUACAAACGGUUUUUGGCUGAUGUCGUACUUCUCGAUGGAAUUGCAAAGGACGAAACGGUUGAAAUCGUUGACAAGAAUUUAGGGACAAAAAGUGAUGGAGAUGGAAUAAUUGAUGAUGAAGAGGUGGUGACUGUAUACUGUCCGAAUACGGGACCAAUGGUGGGACUGUUGGAAGGACUACCGAACGCUCGUGUGCAGUUGUCGAAGAGCAGCGACCCGAAACGCAAAUAUGCGUACACGCUCGAGAUGAUUCAGAUCAAUAAUGGAGAGAGAGACGUUUGGGUUGGUGUACACUCGACUUCUGCGAAUCGAAUGAUUGAGCAGGCACUCACAUCUCGGUGGUUGACAGAGCUUGGUCACUAUGACUCUGUGCGGCGCGAAGUCAAGUUUGCCAAUAACAGUCGUGUAGACUUUGUGCUGACCACAAACGCCAAGGACGGCACAAUUGUUCAUGAAAAAUAUGUUGAAGUGAAAAGCGUUACAUUAGCGAUGGACGGACGUGGCAAAAGCUCGUCGCGCUGCGCUGUAUUUCCGGACACGGUGUCGACUCGAGCUCAGAAGCAUGUCACCGAGCUGACAGAUCUACUGUCCACAACGACCAAAGGUCUAGGAAACAGGAAGGAGACCGCAACUCACAAGGUGAGUGGAACCAUUGUUUUUCUCGUACAGCGUGACGAUUGCACCGCUUUCGCUCCAUCCAUCCAGCACGACAAGAAAUUUGCAGAACUGUGCGCCAUUGCGGCCAAAAGCGGGAUUCAAAUACUAGCUUAUGCAUGCGCUCUGGAACCUGACGAGACCAAGAAAUCUGGAACUGUGCGACUUCUAGAGUCUUUACCACUGCAUGGAGCAGCGUCGUAG